GCGAAAAGGGGGGUGGAGAAAGUUGUUUUCGGUCCGGCGCAUCGGCGAUGCGGUCAGCGUGUGAUACCUUCGGUUCGCGUGGUAAACCGGUAGUGUGUUUCCCGAAAUAAGCGUGAGGCAAUGGAAACUACGCGUUAUCGGUGAGCCUCCUGGUCCUGAAAAUUCUGACGCAGGAUGUCGGUCGACCUCAGCGUCGGCGCGGUGCCGAUACUCUACAAGGAAGUGCACAGCCUGCUGAACCCGAACGACCGGAACGAAAUCGACCGCGAACUUUUCAGCCGGCUGUUGGCAUCAACGAACCUACCGAAGGCGACGAUAGAUCAGGUGUGGGAAUAUGCCGGUGCCAAGCAGGGUCCUGUGACCCCAACAAGCCUGUACAGAAGCCUUGCACUUGUAGCAAUAGCACAGCAAGGCAGGCAGCUGGAUGAGAAGACGCUGCUAAAUCUUGAAGUGUUGCCAAAUCCGUCGCUGCCGAGUCCGGCUGAGCUUCGUGAGAAGCUCGGGCUGACUGGGCGCAAGAUGAUGAGCCUGGACCUGAAGUCCGGUGGCUCGGAUCCGCGCAUCCUCAACACCAGCUAUGCGCAAAUGGUGGCGCAGGACACCAUCCGCGUUGCCUUGGUUCCCGAGAAGAAAGGCAUCAUCCUCAAGCACGUCGUCUACGAGGUUUCUAGUCAGAGGUACCAGUCGCGUGUGGAGCGGCGGUACAAUGACUUCGUGACGCUGUUUGACAUCCUGGUGCAACGGUUCCCCUACCGAGCGGUACCGCAGCUGCCACCCAAGCGGGCAAUGGCCGACUCGCACUUUAUCGAGGAGCGGAGGCGGGCUCUCAGGCGUUUCCUCACGCUUGUAGCGAGGCAUCCUGUCCUGGGCUUCGACAAAGCAGUCAACAUAUUCCUGACAUUUAGUGGCACGGAUGUUCAAGCACGGCUCAAGGAGUAUUGUAAGAAUGUGCCAGAUGAGUUCCUUACCAGUGAGGUCGCACGUAGGUCGGACGAGCUGGUGUCCAGCGACACGACGGUGCAGUUUGCCAUGGCACGGGAGCAGCUGCGACAGGUGUACAUCUGCCUCAGCCAGCUACGCGAGGCCACACAGCGCAUGGUCGAUCGGUCCAAGAUGGCCGCCGUGGACAUCCUUGUUGUCAGCAAGGAGUUUGCGACGUUGAGCAACAUAUCCAAGCUGGAGUCCGAUUGGGCGACGGGUGGAAACGAUGCCUGGAAUAUUGUGCAGAAGGCAUUGCGAUCCUUACAGGGCCUUCUUGUGCCAAUUCACGAAGCUCACUCUGAACAGUCUCUUCAUGAAGAGGAGGAAGUUCUAGAAGAGCUAAACUUAUUCCUGGACCUUCUAGUUGCUUACAAGGCGUUAUGUGAUCGUCACGAAAGCGGUGUUGUCCUUGGCCACCACAAGGCCAUCAAUAGAAUGGUGAAGAAGUCCUCCAACUCGUUUGGCGCUGUGGAUCCGAUGAAGCAGGCGCAGGAGCUUGAACACAGGACGCAGUUCUCUCUGCACUGCGUCCACCUGGAGAGCCAGAUGGUGUAUGCCCACAUGGAGGCGCUGGGCGGCAUCACUCGUGCCUUGGUGCGCAUACAGGCUAAUGGCCACGCCAAGCUGGGAGCCCUGUGGAGCAGUAUGGCGCCUGCUGUGGCAACCAUGGUCCCAAACGCAGGAACACAAGUGCCGCAGUGAGGAGUAAUGCACGGGACCAGUGACUCUGCUGCUGUUGUCGUCAGACCCCCCUCCCCUUCGGUCAUUUCGCUGGCUUUAGGGGUGGCAGCCCUGUGUUAAAGACCAAAAGGUGCACAAGCCACGAACUGCAGCUGUGUGAGCUCUCCCCAAGGGGCUCGGGCAGGAAAGACCUUCCAGGCACUGUCCACAAUACUUGUUCGCUUGUUCUUGGAAAGGCUUUUAGGGCAACAGCACAAAGUGUGUGCAAUCAUGAACAGGAUUAUGCGAGACUUGUGGUAGACUGAUCGCAGUUACUGCAUCUUCGCGCAUGUUUGAGGACCAGUGGAAGAACAUUUUAGGCCGCAUACAGGGCCUAGUUCAUGGCAGCGUAAAUGCAGAGGAACCUCCAAUGAAAACUUGGGCGUUUGAAAUACUACAAGUGGAAGCGUCACAAAAGUCUUGUAAAGCCAGCCAUAUUUUUAGUGGCAAGACUGAAAAAAAACAAAGCAUUGCCGCCACUGCUCAGCGGCAGUGAUGCAUGACAAGGCGAUCACCUUGAAAGCACGGCUCCUGUGUACGGCUUCCGAGAUGACAGAUUAUGCCUCCGCAGUGGUUCCAUUAAUGCAUCAUUACCGGAGAGCGCGCACUCAAGACAGGGAAACAUGGAAGAACACAACACAAGCGUGCGUGCUUGCGAGCAGCACGAGCGCUUGUGUUGUGUUCUUCCCUGUGUCUCCCUUUGAGUGCAUGCUCUCCGGUAACAAUGAAUCUGUACCGACUUGCCCAGUUUUCUGCAUUGUUGUUUCCAUUAGUGCUUCCGUAAUGAUGCCCCGUUAAUGCUUACAUAAUACUUAAGUUUUGUGACAGCCAUCGGGUGCACAGUUCACCAGCUUAGGCGCUGUUUGGAGACUUCUUACAAAAAUAAACUGCACCAUUGCAAGCCUGUUACCAAACGCACCGUCACCAAUUGUACUUGGCCUUGCCAAGAUUGCGUCGUAGUAGUAUACUGCGCAAGCGUAAUGAAUUUAGCGAAACUGAAAUUUCGUCGUAGUUUGCCCUUAACAAGUUUCAAGAUUUUUAGGACCAGUCAUUUGAGACAUUUCAAGGGCAAAGUACGUGCAUGGAGGUCACACAAGCAGGUCUUUUUACUUCACGACAGUGCCAUCUAUCGUUGCUGUGAAGCCAGACCACAGUUUAAGAACACUAUAAUGCGAAACGCACAAAAUCGUUUUUGUGAUUCCGUUUUGCACUGAAGAUUGUGCAGCAUGCUUUUGUAAAAAUGUGCACUUCAUGUGCUGUUGUUUUUUGUUUUUCUACCAUCACUUUACGAUUGUACCUCAAUUUAUUGAACACUGAUUAUACGAAUAGAGUUUGUAACAAAGGUACUGUUGUUUAGGAUGUAAUUUCGCGCAUGGCGCUGCUUACAUGCGCGAAGAUGCAGUAAUUUUGUGAAAAGGUAGCAAAUAUCUCGUCAAUUGUGAACAGACUUCUAGGCCCAAAGACUAAAAAGGUAUAUAUAUGUAUGUAUCAGCGUCUUUCCUUACCCUCUUUUUUUUUUUUUUGUACAAUGGACUGACACUGUUCCGUAAAACUUGUCAAGCUCAGCAGUACAACGUCCUCUGUUGGGUUUCUCAGAGAUUUAGUUUACUUUGUUAGGGAGGGCUUGUGAUGCAUAUAUUUCCAAGGUGCCUUCGUUUACGUUUUAGAGGGAAUACAUUGCCGUUUUUGUUAAGUUUGCAAUUUUGACAUUUUUUUCACUCCAUCUUGCAGACAUGCAUCACACUUCAAGUUUUUUUUUCUUUUUUUUUAUGACUUGAGACACAUUAUUGUGGUGAUGUGCAGAACACUCCCAUUUUUGACAGCGUAAAAAAAUAUAUUGUUAUAUAUAUCUUACGGCACCAUAGAACAAAUACGAAUGUGCCUUUGUUCAAGUUCAAAGUGGAAUGGCAUUUAGGGUUAUUUCCACCUAGUGAACAAUGUGCCUUGAAAUAAAUUUACUAGAAUUUCCCAUCACUGAAACACGAACACUGUACUUGCAAAACUCAGUUUUUUGAUACACAGUAUUUUGUUCACACCUUGAAUGCUCAUGCAGACUCUAGAAGCAAAGUUCAAGUCUGCACUUAGUCCUACAUUCCUACGUCUAGUGAGCUGCAGUUCACAAAGGCCUGUUGUAUACGUGUUCAUCAAACAAAGCGAUUUUAGUGGCAUGUCGGGAUUCAACCGGCCGUAAAAUAAGCAAUAUAUUUUUGUUUCUCAUUUUGUGCCUGUGCAUUUCUUUGUGCAUGGUUUGUAGCAGUUCUCGAGAGCCUUUGAAGUGAUAUAAUGCAAAAACAGAAUCUUGGAGCUGAAGACUCUUUGGUGAAGCUUAAUUAUCUUUCGACAGCUGGCCACAAUGUUGUUGCAGUCUGAAAGUCAAGCCUGUUUGAUCAUUCGUGUCUGGCCAUGCUGGCUCAUUCGCUGCAUCCUUUGUGUGCCUUUUGCGUUUAUGGACAACGAAAAAAAAAGUUUAUUGUAGGUAGCUUUUUGUUAGUUAACUGCUGUGAUAAAUGGCCUGUGCAUGCAAGUGUAAACUAAGAAAAUGAGGAAGGAACAAAGAUUUCAAGCAACACAGUCAAGAGCGGCAGCAGCAGCUGAUGUAUGCCCUACUUUUAUUGCCAGGUACUGAGACAUGACCUACUUGUGUUGAAUUUAAUCAUAUUUAAUUUGGACACUCACUUAGCCACUUUUCAUAAACGAACAAUUCUGGGUUUGUUCUCGCAUUGUGCCGAAAUAUUUGACCACGAAUGAACUUUGCUUGCUGACAGUACUUUAAAUUUUUUCGAGGUUCUCAAUUUCUUGUCGGCCACAGGUUUUAUACUGCUGUUAAAUUCACUGUUGCAUUAAAUGGUUGCGAUUUGUAUAAGUAAGCACUUAAAACCUUGGUCUUUGUUUCCUUGGCAAAGAAAAACAAUAGUUGGCCAUGUUUAUUUCAGAUUUAUAGCACAGAAGCAGUUAAACAUGCAUUUAACUGUUGUUUGAACUGUUUGUACACCUGUGUGGAACUAAAAGCAGGUGAACGUAGUGUAGGGUCAUUCUGUGAGCUCGGCACCCAUGCCGGAGUUAUGCAGUUCCCUGUGAUGUUCAUGGUUUAAGAUAUGGUGGCACAUGCUGAUCCUUCUAGCGAUGUUCAGCGAGUAGUGAUGUUGUUUGGCCAAUGCGUCCAGCUUUCGGGCACAGCCACUGCAUGCCUUACUAUCCGUAAGGCAUUCAGCAAUGCUGCUUCUGUCUUUGAUAAUGAAUUGUUAAGGCCCCAAACUAUUGGGAUCGCGCUUUUCGUAGGUUUGAAAUUUCUAAAUUGAGGAUGGCGUUCGGGGUUUUCACUUUCAUGAUGCAUGAGCACAACCUUUGUGGGUGUAGAAAAGUCUCAAGGGUUCACAUUGCCCAUCAUAUAGUGCCAGGUAACGGAGUCUCUUGGACAGCCGUGAGUUCAAGCUCAGCUUAAAGCUCACCUAGGCAUGCGGACUUUCAACUGGUACAAUGUGCAUAGGUGGGCAAACUGGGAAUGUGUGCAAUGUUGGUAGGUGAACAUUCAGAGUUGCCUUGUGAUAGGACAGUGAAGGGAAAUAUCUAAUCAUGCUAGACUGCCAGGUUACGCUGUUUGAGUUGCAUUUAAUUGGUCAGUCUUGCCAAACUGGAAAGAGUGUGAAUACGAGAUGGGUGCCAAUACUAUGAGCAUAAAGUCAACUUUUAUCUAACCUCAAUGUGCCGGAGUCUGGUCGUUCACUGACAGAGUAGGCUUAGAUUGCAUUUGAUCUUGAGUGAUGUCUCGACCCGAUCAGCAACUUGCCGAAAUUUUUUAUAUGCACAAAGUAUGAAAACCUAAUCUACUGCUAGAAAAUUUUGCAUUGUUGCAUUGAUGUUGGAAGUGCAACCUGAACCCGGAAAUUUGUGCAGUAGUAAUAGGCUCUCAUUUGUUGCAGUACAAGUGAAAUACAAGUAAAGUUUGGAAAGGACAAUGGCAAACUUGAACUCUGUUUUAGUCUCUAUUGUGCCCAUUAAGCGUCUCCUUAUAGAAAGGUUUGGCUGCAGUGAUAUGAAAAUGCUAUAAAGAGACAAAUGUAUAAACAGUGUAACUGAUCAUUGCCUUGCGCUAAUAAGCAUAGCAGUGAACACUUGGUGCCUUUGUGCCGAGUCUUAAAUGGACAUGGAGAACUGAUGUUAGUGCUACUUUGCGUGCAUUUUCCAUUUUGGCUCGUGGGUAUAGUCAUAUCGAUUUUUGCGUGGAGUAUGCAUUCCUUUACUUUGGUGGAUCUGCACGCGCCACUUCAGCCUCUGCUGUGGUAUGUGGUGCAUUUGUUAUAGCCAUAAAAUUUGUCAAAAACCCAUGAUGGCAGUGCUUCAUCGAAAUUAUUUCUUUAAUUAUGGAGGUGUAGUAUUAUUGAUAGUUGUAGCACUCUAGAAUUCACCUUUGUGAAGUUUGUGUUGCAAAGAAGGUUUCUUGAGGCACUUACAGUAACAGAACUUUGGAAACCGCCUCAUGGGCGUGCAAUUCGUACAUUUUGCUUUUGUUUCAGGGCAACAUCACCAGGCCCCGUGUGCUAACACAAAUAAAUGAACGAGUGAAUUUUGUUACAAGUUGCCUAACAGCUACAGAGGUGAAAAUGGUUUUCGAUGUACGAGGAAGUAGUAGUUAUUUAUCAAAGUACUGGGAUUGCUGUUUGUUUUAUAAAGCUGCGUAGCAGGAAAUGUGCUAGGAAGCAUGCAAAUUUAAAUGACCAGUGCAGACUGGUCAAAUGGUUUGUUUUUACAUCCCGCAACGAACAUUCCGGUGCCGUUUUAUUUCAGUGUACGAGUGAAGUGCGUAGCUUCUCCUCCGUACCCAUGUCCAAGUUAUACCGAAGUACAUUGCAAAGUUACAAUAAAGAAUUUACUUAAAUAUCAAGUUGACAAGAAGUCUCCUGGCCUAUGUUUUUUUUUUUUUUUUCAGAUAUGAUAAGUGUCAUGCAAAUAAUGUGAUGCAUACGUGUCAAUGUUUCAUUCGCAUGGUAUAUACUUGAACAUACAUGUAUGCUUGAAAAAUGUCCAUUUAUAAAUGACCUGAUUACUCGCGCCAUGACA